UUCUCGACGCUGCGCCCGCUUCCCGCCGCCAUUUUCAUCGCAUCGCGAGCAGGUAGAGCGCGAGCAGCCGGGUCAAGCGAGCCUACAAAAGAGGACCGUGUUCAACAGUUUCUUCAUAUUUGAUGGCUGGCUGCCUUGAGAAACUGCCACCCGAGGACAAUGGACCAGAGAUGGACACAAUCCACAACACCAGUAGAGACUGUGGAGAGUAUCCUGCCACAUAUUUUCCGUGGACUCCCAAAAGACCUGAAGCUCAGUCAGUCUGCCAUGGACCAAAGUAGAAUAGGUGUCUGGGCUAUCAGACCUAUUCCAAAAGGAAGAAGAUUUGGUCCAUUUAUUGGGGAGAAGAAGAAGCGAUCUCUAGUGAGCAGCAAUGUAUACAUGUGGGAGGUUUACUUCCCAGAAUGGGGUUGGAUGUGCAUUGAUGCCUCGGACCCUUGCAAAGGCAACUGGCUGCGGUAUGUGAAUUGGGCACGAUCAGCCCAAGAACAGAACCUUUUCCCUCUGGAGAUCAACAGGGCCAUUUACUACAAAGUAUUAAAGCCAAUCGCAGCGGGAGAAGAACUGCUGGUGCGGUACAAUGGGGAAGACAACCCCGAGAUAGCAGCGGCUAUCGAGGAAGAGCGAGCUGCCAGCGGUACUGGCAGGAAGAAAGAAUCUCGAGCUGGGAGAGCAAGAAAACGGUGGUUGAACAGACAAAAGUCUGCCGGUCCCCUGGGAACCACAAAGUCCAAUAGAAAGUCCAACUGUUCAGUUUCAGUGAUGCGAGGAUCAGAGGAGGGUCCUAAGGAAGAGGAUGAGAAUCCUUCAGCCUCCAGUAAGUUAUCAGUGGAGCAAACUACAGUUGUCAAGGAGAUGGUAAACCAGGAGAAUUUGGACACCAUGGUGCCACCUUGCAUUCCAGAGGCAUUAACUGAAGAAGAGGUUGAGGAUGAGGAAGAUGAGGAUGAUAACCUGGUGGAUGAUGAUGAUGAUGAUGUGGAGGAGGAGGAGGAAGAAGAGGAGGGAGAGGAAGAAUCAGAUGAAGAGUUGGGAGAAACUCAUGAAUUGCUACCAGCAGAAAUUAAUGAUCCAGCCUCAGUUAAUCCAGAUAAAACUGCUGCAGAUAUGCAGGCACAGUGCCACCAUAACCCUUCAGAAGGUGAAGACCAAAAACAGAUACCUCAGGCUCUACAGGAUCACCUGUCCAGCUUAAAGAGCACUGAACAACAGGAAUCUUUCCUGUACCCAUGCCAACACUGCCAACGCCGAUUUACCACAAAGCAGGGGCUUGAACGACACAUGCACAUUCAUGCCUCCACAUCGAGCCAUACAUUCAAAUGCUGCUAUUGUGACAAAGCAUUUGGUACACAGAUUAAUCGUCGCCGCCAUGAGCGAAGACAUGAAGUGGGCCCUAAAAGAAAACAAGUUGUUUCUGUUGGCUCUAUUGUUUCUUUUAGUCCUCCUCUAACAACUGAAAGUUCAAGUCCAGAUCUUGUUGCUACAUCAGGCAAUUUUAUCAUCAUGGGGUCACAGAAUGAUAGUGACCUGCAAGAAAAUGUAGAAUAUGAAAAAACUGACUCUUUGGAUUUGGAAAAGAUGGCCAUUCUUGAUGAAAAUGGGGAGGAACGAGAGCUGCAUCCAUGCAAAUAUUGCAAAAAGAGAUUUGGAACACACACUAACAUGCGUAGACACCAGCGAAGGAUACAUGAACGCCACCUACUGCCAAAAGGUGUUCGGCGAAAAGGAAUACUGUUGCAGGAAGCAGAGAUACAGCUUCCCAAAGUGCUGCCACCUCCAGAGGAGUCUUCUAAUGCCAGUCCUCUACCUGUCUAUAUGCCAAGUGAAGACCUCGAAGAUGAUGGUGAGCAGGAUGAAGAGUAUAUUGUGGACAUCUCAAGCAACAUUUCUGAGAAUCUUAGUCUCUAUAUUGAUGGGAAGAUCCUCUCUACUACUAGUGUCAGCAGUUGUGAAGUGUUCGAGGUUGACCCCAACUCCGCUACUUUACUUGGCCUCGAUGCUUUAUUAAUUAGCCCUGAUAAGGUUUGUGAAGGAAGCCCAAUAGAGACCACUAACUGUAAAACCAAGGAAGCAUCUGCAUGUGGGUCAUCAGCUGUAAGAAGGCGAACUGCCAGUCCUCCCCUACCUAAAAUUAAAAAAGAGUUGGAUCCCGAACCAGUGAUGUCGUCGUCCUCCUCCUCCUCCUCGUCAUCCUCCUCUUCAUCUUCCUCGUCAUGCUCCUCCUCCUCAGCGUCCUCUCUUUCCACUUUAGUAGUAAAACUGUUUCCUCAGGCCAAUGACAACAUGGCUCUUCAAAAAGAAAAAACUGUUUACCUUUCCCCCAAACUUAAGCAACUUCUCCAAACACAAGACAGUCCCAAACCAGGCCAAUUGUUUACUGAGGGUAGUAGGCUUGGAUCGCCUCUGAUGUCUUCCUCCAGCAGAUUCAAACGAAGGACAGCCUCUCCUCCAAGUUCGCCACAGCACAGCCCUGCUCCGCGAGAAAGUGGAAAAUCUGCAGUAGAUGUGCCACCUUUUGCUCUGAAAGUGCCAAAGAUAGAAAGCCACUGCUGCUCACCAAGUUGGAGCUUGUCUAGCAAGGAUGAAAAAGAAACCUUGAGUCCACUUGGGACAGAUGCUUACAAAGCUUCUUCAGCUGAUUGGUCGUCUGUCAGAAGUUCAGGUUCUUCAUGCAACCAGCAACCUCUUGACCUGUCCAGCAGUGUUAAGCAGAAGACAGAGGACAUAUCCAAAGGGCCAAAUACUGGUGAGACUGUGCUGGAUCUGAGCGUUCACCGAAAAGCUUCUCCAGAGCCUGAUGUCAAACCUACUGGGGUAUCCCAGCAGUUACUAAGGAAGAAAAAACCAAAUACAUGCAUGCUGGAGAAGGUGCUUCUAAAUGAAUAUGUUGGGGAAGAUGUAGGAACAACUGCAGAAGAGGUGGAUCUUGAGGUGGAAUCUUCUUGUGAAUCUAGAGCGCUGUCCCCAGGACUCAACCCUCACCCUCCUCCUCCCUCAUUAACCCCUGUGACUCUCCACCCUCCCUCUCCCAAUGCACCUGCUCCCACUGCUCCCACUUCGCCUCCACCUCUCCUGCCCAGUGUUCCUUCUCCUAUAUCAUCAGCAGCAUCCCCUGCCCCUCAGCUUUGCUCCUCCUUUUCUUCACUUCCUGUUUUGUCUCCUAGCUCCUCUCCUACUCCAGUUCAUUGUGCUACAUUUAAUGCCUCACUUAUUUCAACUGUAGAUCUAGUUCCUGAUCAUUGUAGUAAGGAUUUGUGUCAUUCUCUUUCUGAGGCAUCUGUAGUGGAAUCUAAUUUGCUUACUUCCGAUGCUGCAGAGCGGCCUGCUAAAUUGGAUGUAAUGCAUGCGGACUCUACAGAUAGUCAGAUGAGUUCUGUCAGUCCACAGCUGCCACAAUGUUUUCCAGCUGAUCCAGAUAAGAAGUCUUUAGAUGCAGUUGAAACCUUUGACCAUCCUACCACAGAUGCUUGUGGGAAAGAAGUAGAUGGUUCCACUAUAGAGGAUGAUGUUCCUCAUGCAUGCACCAUAUUGGUGCCCAGCUCUGCUGCAGUUGAUGAAUUUGCAUCCCAGUCUUCUGUCCCUCUUUCAUGUGUCCAGGUCAAAGAGACUCCAGAAGAUGAAAUUGAAUAUGGAAAUGCUGGUUCUACACUUAGUCCCAGUGCAACAUUUCAGGAGACAUCCUCUUGGCAGGAUACUUUCUGCAAAAACUUUUGUUGCAAUGUUUGUGAGGAGUCCUUUACAUCAAUCAAGGAACUGAGCCAACAUAUCAUGGACCAUGUUAGUGACUGGCCCUACAAGUGUGAGUUUUGUGUGCAGCUUUUUCAGGACGCCAAGAUUUUGAUGGAUCAUCGCUCUGUACUGCAUGGUGUAGGAAAGGUCUUUAUCUGCACCCUCUGCAACAAGGAGUUUGCCUUCCUCUGUAACCUGGAACAGCACCAGAAAGAUCUGCAUCCAGAGGAACUCUGCACACACAUGGAGCUUGAGAAUGGCAAGUUGAGGCCCCAAAAUUACACAAACCCUAUCCAAACCAUCCUGGAUCCAGACCCUGAGAUUUCUGAAGAGGAUGAAGAACUGAAUGACUCCAGUGAGGAGUUGUACACCACAAUUAAAAUAAUGGCUACUGGUGGUGACAAUUCCAAAGGGCCAGAUGUGCGACUGGGAAUCAACCAGCAAUACCCCAGCUUUAAGCCACCUCCUUUUCCAUAUCACAAUAGGACACCUGCAGGGUCUGUGGCUUCUGCCAGUAAUUUCACCACCCGCAACAUCCCACAGACAUUUAGUACUGCCAUUCGCUGCACCAAGUGUGGCAAGAGCUUUGACAAUAUGCCUGAGCUGCACAAGCACAUUCUUGUGUGUGCAUCUGCCAGUGACAGAAAGCGCUACACACCUAAGAAGAACCCAGUACCCCUCAAACAGGCUGUAAAACCUCAAAAUGGUUUGGUCUCUGUUGCUACUACUGCAGAAGUCAGUAGCUUAGGGCAGAAUGCAUUCCGUAGGAUGGGACAACCGAAGAAACUUAAUUUUAAUCAGGAACCAUCCGCCAAGAUGAAACUCAGUGCACUGAACAAGAAAAAGAACCAGUUGGUCCAAAAGGCAAUUUCCCAGAAGAACAGAGCUGCUCUUACUGCUAAAAGGAGCCAUGUAAUUUCUACAAAUCACAUUUGUCCUCACUGCAGCCGAGAGUUCACUUACAUUGGAAGUCUCAACAAGCAUGUAACGGUUAGCUGCCCCAGGAAGCCGGUCUUAUCAAAAAAAAGUAAGAAAACUGGUAGCAGGGGUGGUCAAAUGUCCAGAGAGAAAAAUGGCAACCUGAGGAGGAAAACGACAGACUCUGAGAUCAAGUUGCAAGGCCCACCAAAUAAGCUGGGGAAAACCAGAGCCAACCACGGUGGACCAGUGAUCAAACCAGCAGGACACAAGACAAAGGUUUCAAGCUCACAGAUCCGCAGUAAAAGACAUGCCUCCUUCCAGCCAAGCACCAUGCCUUAUGCUAAAAAGAGCAGGAUGCUGAGUAAAGGAAGUGUCCAAAUGGCACAGUCGCACUUCUCUUUAGCAGUUGGCAACCACAUGCAACAGCGAGGAACUAAGGAGGUGGCACAGAGGAAAAGCACAAUUCCAUCCCUCAAGAAAGAUCAUUUGCCAGUUAAAACCAGAGAACGCAGCAGUGGACCGGUCACUCGCAGCACUGCUUCAAGUGACAUCCGUGGACAAGAUGGCAGUAUGCAGUCCGACGACAGAGAACCGGAACCUUCAUUGAAGCUGUCAAGGUAGGAGCUAUGAAGAGGAGGUGGCAUCAACACUCUUUAUGGUGUCUUGUCUGAAAUGUUCACCUGUCAAGCGAAGUUGCAGUAGCUGGAGGUGCCAGAAACGAAGGGCACGAGUAGAAGAAAUCACUUGGGAGAAAUUAACCAACAUGCACUUUGCAAAGAGAGUCUCACUUUGCUUGCUAUUUGUAUGUCUGUAGUAAGAGGACAGUGUACAUUUUUGUACAUAUUUAUAUAUAUUUAUAUAUAUAUAUAUAUAUGUAAGUAUAUAUGUAUAGUGUAUAUAAUAUAUAUUUAAAAUAAGUUGGCAUUUCUACACUCUGUAGAUAAACUGUUCUGUAAAGCUUCCUUCCUGGAUUACUGCACAUGGCAAUCACUGUUCACUUGCAUUUUCUCAAGCCUUUGUGCUCAGCCACUCAACACUUGAUGCUUGUCACUUGCAUGUAUAACUUGAGUAAAUUGUUAGAGUGAACCUGUCCUCUGCAAUUCCACAUCGGACCUUCUGCCAAACAAAGAAGAGAGCUGAGGACAGGUGCUGUCAUAACUCUACCCCCCUCUUGUGAAAACAUUUUGCAGCCCCAUUGUUUCUGCUGUGCAGGCAUGCUGCUGCAAUAAAAGAUGGAAUUGGAAACCACUUAGUUUUCAGGUCGGUAAUAUUCUCAACAUCUACUGUAUGCAAGUCGAGGAUGUGUAAGGUAUUUUACUCGUGAUGUCUCUUCAGUAGCAGAAGCGGCAGAGGGUCUGUGGUGAAGGGCAGUAUGCAGGUCCUUGGCUUUGGACCAGUUGCUUGUUUCCAGCAGUUAAUGAGCACUCCGCGUUGAUCUACCUCAUCAAAGCGUUGAGUCGAAGCAUCGUCGUGUUUUUAAAGUGAACUUUGCCACAUUUACUCAAUUUCCAUAUCAUUCCUGACUUGCUUCUUAUGGGGAUGGGCUGCUGAGGGUGGUGGAAUAGGGUGGGACUUUGUUUGGGUGGGCGGGGGGGACGACAAACUCAUUUAGAGUGGAAAUGUACAGAGUAUGUAAGCUCCGCCUGUUUGGGACUUUGUGUGCAUCUCUCAAUGUUCUAAUGGUAUAGCUGGUUAAAAAGAGAAAAAAAAGUGGAAAUGCCUAUUUAAAAUUAAUUUAUGUUUCUUCAUGAACUUGUUUAAUGUAUGAUUUAACUAAAUGCAUUAUUUCCCCAAUACCCUUUGAUUUGUUGUUCGGGUUGUGAAAUAAAUGGAGAAUGUUCUUGUACAAAA